GAAAUAGAUGAAUAGUUUACAAGUGAUUGAAUUUUCUAAUAGAGUUUUUGAUAAAUAUGAUAAAAAUAAAUCAGGGUUUAUUGAGAAAGAUGAAUUAACUUUGUUAUUAAAUAAUCUUGCCAAAGAAAUUAACUCAUAAGUCUUUCUUUGUUUAAUUAAUUUUAGUUACCCACUAAGAAAGAGAUUGAUUAUAUUGUUCGCUAUCUUGAUAAAAAUAAUGAUUAAAAGAUUAGCAGAAAUGAAUUUUAGGAAUUAGGAAAAUUAAUGGUGAAAGCAUUUCAGGGCAUUUGAAUUAUUUGUAAAUUAUUUUUAAAAUUAUCAGAG